AUGGAAUCGCCCGUUCGCUCGGUGGAAACUGGAGAAAACGGGAGCGGGGCCGGGGGCGGUGGGGCGAAUCAGCAGCAGCAGCAGGACAAGGCGACAGCAGCGGGUCAGGCCGGGGCCGGCGGGGCAGCGGCGGCGGAGACCUCGCCGUCCCAGCGGUUUGAGGCCAAGUCGUACCUCGAGCGGCAGGUGGAGGAGCUGUCGUGCGCGGACGAGGACGAGGCCCAGGAGAAGGUGUCCCAGCGCCUCCAGCUUAAGCAGGACCAGGCCCAGAAGAAGAGGUACGGGACUUUUCUUCCGUCUUUCUUCAACGAAAACAUCCGAGAGAUGAAGCGAAAAAUAUCAUACCAAAAAAAAUGGGGAGAGAGGGCUUUGAUGUGGCACCUUGUGGCUGUACGGUGGCAAUCCAUCUAUGAUGCUAUGUGA